GGAUUCGUUGUUAGAGCGAGUUGAAAUAUGAGGUCAUGCUAUCUACCUCGAGUCUGAUAUCCCAUUCGCAUGCGCCGAAACUCUUAGCGGUGGCGCCCUUAUUUUCCGAAGGGUUUCACCGUCGCUCGGUCCUGUUCAGUUUGGCCUACGCUAAGAACUUAUAUAUACGCGUAUGGAGACCUCAGGGACAAGAUGGUAGACCGAGAUCUCGAAGUGCCCGCAGACGCCCCUCGAGGAGACACUUUCAACGUGGUCGUCGUCGGCGCGGGGAUCGGGGGUCUUCUGGCAGCCGUCGGCCUGCGCCUCGACGGCCACCAUGUGAUCUUGCUGGAGCAGGCCUCGUCGUUUGGCGAAGUCGGGGCCGGCAUCCGGAUCCCGCCUAAUAGCUUCAAGAUACUUCACCGCUGGGGCGUCGACCUGACGUAUAUGAAGAAGACCUAUUCCAACGGCAAUCGCUUCUUGCGAUACUCCGACGGGGAGAUUCUUGCAGACAUGCCGCACGGGGUUCCCGAAUGGGAUUUUGGCGGCAGCUAUCUCAUGGUCCACCGAGCUGAUUACCACGCCGUUCUGUUGGAGAAGGCCAAGUCGCUAAACGUCGACAUAAGGGGUGGGAGCAAGGUGGACGACUACGACUUGGAUGCACCAGCUGCCAUCUUAGAGGGGGGGGUCUGCGUCAAAGGGGACUUGAUUGUGGUUGCUGAUGGUGUACAAAGCAAGGCCCGGCCUCUUUUUCAUGGCCGUGAGCUCCCGCCCACCGACACCGGGGAUGUUUCUUAUAGGGUGCUCAUCCCUGGGCAGGACAUUCUAGCGGAUCCGGACUUGAGAGACCUCGUCUCCCAGCCUUGGGUGUCAUCCUGGUGCGGGCCCGAGGCUCACGUUGUCGGGUAUCCCAUCCGUGGCGGAGAGCUCUACAAUGUGGUAUUCUGCUGCUCGCAGAAGUCUAUGCGCGAUCGCCCGUUUGAUAUUGGCGAGAACAAGACGGUCAUCACCGACAACCGCGAGCUGAUCAGACGGUUCGCAGGCUGGGAGCCGAGGGUCAAGAAGAUUACCGACUUGGCAGGACAGAACAUUUUGAAAUGGCAGUUGUUCGAUCUCGACCUAGUAGAUCACUGGGUGCACCCGUCUGGGAAAGCGACGCUGCUCGGCGACGCGGUUCACCCUACGCUCCCCUAUAUGGCGUCGGGCGCCGCGAUGGCUUGCGAGGACGCGGCCGCUUUGAAGCAAGCGCUCCGAGGGGCUACCCGAGAAACGCUCACCUCGGCGCUGUCGAAAUACCAGGAAGUUAGACAGCCGCGGGCUUCGGUUGUCCAGAAGGCGGGGAGAACACUGCAAGAUGCUUACCAUCUGCACGAUGGGGAGAGGCAGAGGGAGAGAGAUUACUGGAUAACCAAGGACGACCCCAAGAACCCGAUUUUCUGGGGCUGCAAGGAGAGGCGAGGGUGGCUUUUCGGUCACGACGCAGAAUCCCUUUAAAAUAGAUUGUUAUUUGUCUACCUAUCAUUGAUACCGAGGUCCGCCCACCGUUGCAAUGGUAUCAGGGAAAUUGUAGAUAUUGUGUAGUUACGUGCCUAAGUAAUAAGCAGGUGUGU